UUUGUCAGCAGGAAGUAAUCGUUGCAGAAGAGAUUUCCAGGUUUUCGAGCGACAAGAAGCAUUGCAGUUUGAGUUUCCAUUUAAUCUGAACUUAAUUAACAUAGCUAUAGCACAAAUGUAUCAUAUAUGUUUAGAGAGUAACAUUCAUCCACCGGAUUCAUGUUCGUAGAGAUGGAGGAGGAGGUGCCACCUGAGGAGUUCAAUGUUCUUUGGAGCUUUGCUGGUCGCUGCAGUGAAGAGCUUAGUAUCAGAAGAGGAGAUCAAGUGAAUGUCCAUGCCAAAAUUUCCCCAGAGUGGUGGUGGGCUGAGCUGCGAGGGGUCUUUGGUUACGUCCCUGCUAGCUACCUCCAUAAGGGAUCUACUGAAGAUGGGGAGGAAGAAGAGGACAUGUGGCAAAAUGAGGAGUACUAUGAUAUAUACGGAACACUGAAUCUUCACUUGGAGAUGUUGUCAGACAAGAGCCGCACGGAGGCGUACAGGCAGGUCAUCGUCAACAACAGCGCUUCUCUUCACAGGAAGGUGGUGAUGGACCUUGGUUGCGGAACGGGCAUCGUGAGUCUGUUCUGUGCUCAGCUAGCAAAACCGACAGCGGUGUACGCCGUGGAAGCGAGCUCAAUGGUGGAACACACCAGAGAGCUGGUGAAACAAAACGCUUGCGAGGAAGUGAUCACUGUGCUGCAGGGCCGUGCUGAGGAAAUCCAACUGCCCGAGCAGGUGGACGUCCUGGUGUCCGAGUGGAUGGGCAAUUGCUUGGUGUUUGAGUUCAUGGUGGAGUCGGUCUUGCUUGCCAGAGACCGCUGGCUAAGGGAAGGUGGCACGAUGUGGCCUUCUUCUGCAGCUCUCACUUUGGUGCCGUGUCAAGCCCAUAGAUACUACGCAGAGAAAAUGGCAUUCUGGGAGAAGCCUUAUGGCUUGGACUUCACCCCGCUACAGCCACUUGCUCUACAGGAGUUCUUCGCCAAGCCAAAGUUUAGCCACUUGAUGGAGCCAGGCGACGCCCUCGCCUCUCCCACCGACGUAAUCUGCUUGGACAUGCAUACGCUGCAGGUGGCAGACCUGGAGGAAAUGCAAGGCGGGUUUCAGUUCAGCCUGGAAAAGUCCGGCAUUUUCCACGGCUUCACUGCUUGGUUCAGCGUUUCCUUCAAAAGCCUGGAGGAGGGCGGCGCAGCAGUGGAAUUGAACACUGGACCUGAGUCUGAGCCAACCCACUGGAAGCAGACCCUGUUCAUGCUGGAUGUGCCCAUCAGUGUGCACGCUGGCGACGCAAUCAGUGGAACCAUUAUUCUGCGAAGGAACCCCAUCUGGAGGCGCCACUUGACCGUCACCCUAAACUGGGAGAUCAGUGGAUACACACAAGCUGGGACAAAGAGCUUUCCUAUGUGGCGCUAACAGCCUCUCAUCAAACUAGAUCGAUACAUCGACUGGUUAAGCAACGACAAAUCGAUCGAAAUGCAAAAGUUCUAUCGGCUUCACCUUUUUUAAAUAAAUAUGCCGUUUUCUUAAAAGAAUGGAUUUCAUUGAAAUGUUUUAGCAGCAAAACUGUCAAAAUUGCUUUUUACUUUUUUAUUUCGGAUGAACUGUUUUCCUUUCAGGGGUCGCCACAGCAAAUCAGUUGGUAACUUUAAAUGUGUACAUAUAUUAAACUGUUGUAACAGCAGCAAAUGGUGU